CAAUAUUUCUCGUUCGACGAUUGGUUACAUCUUUAGGAAGUAUAAGAAAGCGGAUAGAAUCCUGUCAGUGCCUCAACAAGGUCGUCCACAGUUGCUGAAUGAACGAGAAAGACGCCUCAGCGUCAGGGAGUCAAAGAAAAACCCUAAGGGGUUAUCAUUUAAGUACUUCCGUUGGAACUGCGCCGAACAGCUGCGCUCUGGACUCGUAUUUUGUCUCCGUUAAUUUCGUGAAAGAGAUUCUGCUAGAAAGUAUAACGUAAGUAAACAUUGGUUGCCCUGAGGGCUCCUGCGUAUUCAUAGUUCAGGAAAAGCCUGAACUAAACCAUGAAGGAUUGUAAAUCUGAAAAGAUGAAGUAUUAAUGGGGAAAUUUGAUAAUUUAGGCCCUAAAAGGGAAAUAUGACGAGUGAUAGGAGAAUGCUUAUUUGGAGUCGUGAUGUGAAAUUGUGUCCGCCCUGAACGAGCUGGUCCAAAGCGGAAGUGUUCGAAAGUCUCCCACUAACCAACAUGGCAGUUUGACAGCCUAGAGAAAGGGGACUUCAAAUCACUGUAACAUUUUAAGGUGAGCUAGACAAUGAUGUCUGUUUUGAACCAGAGCGGUGAAGAACAAGUUGAAUGCCCCUUGUGUAUGGAACCACUGGAAGUGGAUGAUCUCAACUUCUUUCCGUGCACUUGUGGAUACCAGAUCUGUCGGUUCUGUUGGCAUCGAAUUAGGACAGAUGAAAACGGUCUUUGUCCAGCGUGUCGCAAAGCUUAUCCUGAGAAUCCUGCAGAUUUCAAGCCUCUUACACAAGAAGAAGUGGCUAAAUUAAAGGCUGAGAAGAGACAUAAAGACCAGCAGCGAAAGCAAAAAAUCACUGAAAAUCGUAAACAUCUGUCUAACGUUCGUGUAGUUCAAAGAAACCUGGUGUUUGUUGUUGGAUUACCAAUGAGACUAGCUGAUUCAGAGGUAUAA